AGCCGUGGCCGUUUCAGCUCCGAGCCUGUCUCGAAAUAGCCCGCACCGAGAGAGCAUGCUGUCCGCGCUGCUGCUGUCUGGCAGGCGUCGGCACCACUGGGAGCUGAAGCAUCGCCGAUGCGGUCGUCACUGGCCCAGUGCCUCUGCCGGCGCGGAGCCAGCGCGGGCGCACAGCGGCGCCACGGUGCGGGUGCAGUGUGGCAACUGUGCGGAGGUCAUGGACGUAGAGGUGCCGUACGCGCCAGGCAGCAGAUGCCAGUUCCAGUGCUUCCGCUGUGGCGUCGCCAACGAGAUCCCCGCCGGCCAGCCCGUUCAAGCGCCGGCACCCAGCUUCGCGGGAGUGCCCCGUCACCGCCAACGCCCCGCCGCCGCGGAUGGGCACGCGGCGGCGACCACCAGCACCGGCAGCCUUGCCCACCCGGCGCCCGCCGCGCCAGCGCCGACGCUGACGCCGCGGCUGGAGGCUGCGUCCGACGACGAAAGAUCUGCUGUGCAGGCCAUGGUGGAGGCCACGUGGCUGGGCGCCGAGAGCGGGGGCGCGGGCGUCGAGGUGGUGCAGGUGAUGAAGAACAGCAACCCCGCGCUGUGGAGGCUCUUCUGCGACGCACGGCAGGAGGUCGGCGCGCGCUCGCGCGGCGUGCCGCGCGAGGCCGUGCUGACGGACGGCUUCUGCACCGGGGGCUGCUGCGGAGACACCGCCUCGCUCUUCCACGGGACGGGCACUUCGAGGAUCGAGGCCAUCUGCCAGCGCGGCUUCACUCCUGGGUCAGCUGGCACGGGUGCACACCGUGGAGACGGCUUCGGUUUCGCGGAGAACAGCAGCAUCGCUGACGAGAGGGCGGUGGACGACCAGUACGGCAUCUACCAGGGUCUCCUGGCCCUGCUCGUUUGCCGAGUCGCGCUUGGCAGGUCCUUCACCCCCGGUGAGGCGGAGCUCUCCUCGCCAGACACGAUGGCGAGCAGGCACCAGGGCUUCCACACCGUCAUUCGUCAGCGUGGGUCCGCCGGCAGUUGCCCAAGGGAGUUUACACUUCUCGAUGGUCGCUGCGCGUAUCCUGAGUUUGUGGUUCUCUACCGGAAGCUCGGCAACAAUGAAGCCAGUCAGUGACGCUCGCUGCUAAGCCAGUGCGUCGCUGUCCCCCCACUUCUCGUGUCCGUGGCAUGCGGGCCAAGCGUGGACGGACGGCCUGCCGUUGUCGCAUUCUUCGCUGAUGGUUGCCGCAUCCUGCCGGACCAACGCGGAGCGACUGGUGUGGGCCCCGUGCUGUGCUCUCGCAUAAGCUGACGAGCAUAUGAUCCCCCGCGCAGAAUUCGGCCGAUGCAUCUUCACCACACCAGACGUCACCAGAUUUCCCCCAACCUCAACAGCUGCGCCCUCCACCCCCUCAGAACAGCCGACUGCACGACCAGACAGCUAGAUUUCUCUUUGCAGUGGCGCUGUGCGGGGUCGCGGUGGUACCCGGCGGCGUUACAGCAAGCAGCAAGCACGUAGAGCUCUGGGUGCGAGCGUACAGUCAACUCAUCGAGCAGAGCGCUGGCUUUUCUGCGGUACAGGGCCAGGGCGUCGGCGAAGGUAGCAGCGCCCGAGCGACAAAUCAGAUCGAGUUUCCAUCUCCUCGGGGAGCCAACGGGACCAUGGAGCUCAAACAUAAACAACGAAGGAAGACCUGACCAGGCUUCAGGAGGCUGCGAGGUUCCAGUGAGGGCCUGGCAGUUGCUGGGUGUGCUUAUCAAUCCGGGGGUGUUUGUUGUACACCCCGCCGAUGCUGGGCAUGACCGGUGAGGUCGAUAUUAGUAGGUUGAUCGCAUGGGAGGCUCCGACAGGGGCACCGCCGUCGCAUGCCUGAGAGGCUUGCGAUCAGGCGCGUGCCUGGCGCAUCCUCGCGCAAGGUCCUCGCAGGCGGUUCUGAAGAAACACCUCUUGGCUCAUUUACCGCUGAAGGUCUUCAGUUUUGGUCCCCCCCCUUAUCCGCUUGGCGGUGAAUACGAC